AUGUCUGAUAAGCCUAUCGUCUUGGUAACUGGUGCCAAUGGUUACAUUGCCGGCAGUGUCGUUGAGGCUUUUCUCAAAGCAGGAUAUGCUGUUCGAGGCACUGUCCGAUCAAAGGCCUCUGGAGAUUCCCUCGUAAAGGCUCUUUCUUCAUAUGGAAGUGACCUUGAGAUUGUUCAAGUGCCGGACAUUGUUGCUCCUGGAGCUUUCGAUACAGCUGUCAAGGCUGCCGGCGUGAGUUUAAGCUUCACAGACCCUGAUCCUGUUCUUGAAGUGGCCAUCAAAGGCACGGAGAGCGUCCUGGAGUCUGCUCUCACCGAGCCGUCAAUAAAAUCGGUUGUCUUGAUGUCGUCUAUUGCUGCCAUAUCUGCAACUGGCAACCCCUCUUCAAACCGAGUCACGGAAGCCGACUGGAACGAUGCUGCUUUGGAUGCCGUCAAGAAACUCGGCAAAGCGUCGCCCAGUCCAUUAAUCUACGUUGCGAGUAAAGUAGCUGGCGAGCGAGCCUUCUGGAAGUUUCGCGACGAAAAGAAGCCUUCUUUCACAAUGACUGCUCUCAACCCUACUUUCGUCAUGGGACCACAGCCAGGCCUCGAGUCAAUCUCCAAGAUUGGUGGCACUACUGCUUUCAUUUGGCAGGUGUUCUCAGGCCAGGAUAUCCCCAAACCAAUAGUCCCGAACCCCAGCUUUGUCGAUGCGCGAGAUAUUGCCCGAGUUGCAGUAUUUAGUGUCGACCAUCCUGAAAAGGCGAAUGGGGAGCGAUUUCUGUUGACAGCGGGCCUUGUACCUCCCCAGGCUGCUGCGGAUGUGCUUCGCAAGGCAUAUCCCGAUAGGCAGGACAUUAUCAAGGUUGGACAGCCUGGCGAGGGAUACUAUCCCGGUUAUGCCUUUCCCGAAGAAAAGAUCCUUGAUGCUUCCAAGACGAUCAAGUUGACAGGGCAGGACUUUUACCCGGUUGAGAAGUCAAUCAUCGACACGGCCAAGUCUUUGGAGAAGUUCUUGUAG